AUGAUUUUUGACAUAACCUUAGAAGGUGGAGCCACGGCGCAAAUCGUAGCGCACGCAGAGUUUGACGGGCGACGGUUCUCGAACAUCAUGAUCACGCCGCAAUUUACCAUUGGUAACCGCGAGGUGAUGUCUCGAGUGAUGGGAGAAAUUGGAGAGAUUCGGAGAGGCAGCGCGUUGAUGGAUAGGCGUGCAUCUGAUGUAACCGGGGUUACACGAAGUACGCCGAGAAUCGUACAGCGGCAGUCCGCAACCGGAAAGAUGACAUCGGCGCGCUUGGUGCGAUGCAACGCGAGGUCGGAUUUCAUGAACAAGAUUUUUGAGGAAAUAUAUAAGGGAGAGUAGUUCAAGGAAAUAUGACGUUUUUUUGGUGGUCUUCACGUUUUUGCUCCAAAGUAAAAGUUUUUGCCUGUCGUAAUUUUGGUUUGAUCUGUGCACGGUAAGUUGUCGAAGGAGGUAGUAUUAAAGUGAGGUAAGUUGAAGUUUUCAAGGUUUUCGAUGAGUGUUUUUAGGUUUGUUGUGUUUCCCUUCAUUCAAGUUUCAGGUUUUCUAUUGUUCAAAUCGUAUUAAAGCGGAAUUUGUCCGUCUAUGAAGAUGCAAAAGGGGUGUUGUGUUAAUUUCGAAAAGUUUGACAAGGACAAAAAAAUAAGGCGGCUUAUCUGAAGGAGUGGCGUGCAAGAGGGUGCUGAGUUGAGUGCGUUUUGACUAAGGAUGAUUCAAAAAGGCGCAAAAGGUCUCCGUCAAGUAAAGGAAAAGACAACAAAGCAAAAUGAAAGGGCUGUCGCAAAGAGAACUGAAAAAGGACAAAGUGUGAAAGAUGCAAGGAAAAGAGAUCGAAAGAAGAAAGUGAACGACUGUGGCCUGCUGGAAAAAAGUUUUUCUUUUUGGUUUUUCUUUCUUGUUUAAGCUUCCAAGAAGAACGAAAAAAGAAGAAGACAACAAAAUGUCGGAGGAAAAACUACGCAGACGCUGUGUAGGAACGGUACACAACAUUGCGAUGCUGAUGACGAAAUGUAAUGGUAACUACGAAGAUGAAGUUCCGGCGCUGCAUCACGUGACAGGAUCAUCCGAAAACUACAGGGCCAUUGUAGUAUCGCGCACGACGGGUGAAUCGUUCCACUUAAUACAGCACCUUGGAGGAGAUCGUAAAAAAUCGGUGCAAGCGCAUGAUGAGACAGAGGGGCGUCGACUACUAGCUGCAACACCGAGUGACUUGGAGAACAUCAUCAAGAGCAAGGCGUAUGUGGUACGAGGGAUCUGGCCGAAAAACAGGCAAUCUUCGAAAGCCGCAAGAACAGUAAUUCCACUGGAGGUGGAGGAACACAAGAUGACAUCUACAAAAGAUGAGAAGGAAGUAGAGGAGGGGGAUUUGAUUAGGAGGAGAACGAUGAGUGACAAGGAGCAGAAGAAGCAUCACGACGAGAAGUCUGGGCCAAAUCUCCGCGUUCCGAGGGCGGCGUCCUCUUCAUCUUCGAACGCAAUAACUGCUAGAGCAUACAACGCAGAGGAGACAAGGAAACAGCUCUUGUUUCAAGACUACAACUACGAGCUUUUUGAAGUAACAGCGGAUGAUAAGAUGAUUUUUGUGUCUCUUUAUUCUCGUGAGGCUGAAAAUGACUUCCUCACAGCAAUUGUAGAUCAGGAACUAAGGUGGAAUGCAAGCUGGAGAACAACGUACACGCACACAGCUGAGAUUUUUACUAUUCCGGAUGAAAAGCGGCUAGAGUUGAGGAGAAGCGCAGUUGAAGGCGGUUUUUGUAUCGAAUUCCCAAGAACUCCGGCAACAUGGGCAGCCAUACAAGAGUACUUCACGAUCGGAGUAGUGUCUGCGAAUUUUGCGAUGUUAAUAGGAUUAGGAACAGAGGAGGCGGAGAUGUUGAAGGACAUGUUCUUGGAACUUCGUAGUACGUACUUCAACACAGCAGAAGAUUGGAGGAAUUACUGCGUGAUGAUGUCGUACGUUUACGCAGAUGUCCCGAAGCACGCAGCACUGCGCAAAGAGCUAGAGGUAAGAGAGGAGAACAAGAACAGAAUGCUUCUGGGAACUAAUCCGCUACUAGUGAAGAUGCAUCACGAAGGAUACGAGCAAAAGGUCUGGUGGAGUGCGAUACCUCCCAACAAGAAGUGGAUAGAGAAACACGAGAAGUACUUUGGGGUGCGUGAAUACGACGAGAAUGGGAACGAGAUGAUAUUAAGAGGUAAGUCGCUAAUGAGUAAUCAUCGGAACCCGCAGUCCUAUAACUUGUCCAUCUUCUUGCGCGACGUAAGAGAGAAAGAGGAAUGUGACAGGUUGAGAGGUAAGAAAAAAGUGGAAGAGCUACCACAGGAGCAGGAACGGGUAGUGAACGCAGGAGUCGAACAAGCUGAAACACCUUUCUCAUCCAGUUCUUCUUUGUCCACAAAUCGCAACUCCUCUUUUCCUCCCAGAAACAGCGGAUGGGACGGCGGAGAAAAGCGAGCGGAAGGAGCAGAUGUCCAACGACCGGGAAGCACAAACGCGCAAGUUGAGCAACCAUCGAUGUUUGAUCAAUUUAGUAAGAACUUCAUUAGGGACAAACCUAAGAGCGUGAGCAAUCUGACGACCGAUUGUGAAAAGGAAGAGGGACAGAGGCGAAGGACAACUAACUCUUUGGUGGUCAAUUCAAAGGAGUCUAGAUCUACUUCGAAUGGAGCAGCAGACGAUGGACAGGAAGGAAGCUACGCGAGUGAAGGAGCUCCACUUUCGGUUGACACUUCGUCUUCGUCCUCUUCAUCAUCCUCGGGAGGAGGGGCAGCAGCGUGUCGUUUUUUCGACUAUGCAUCUAGAGAAGAAGUUGCGGACAUGAACAGGAACCGAGAGCAGAAGGUGCUAAAAGAGGCAGGAACAGAAGAGGUGACCAGAACGAGUCUUCUGGGGAGUACUGAUCAUCUGCAACAAGAAAGGGGAACGAGCAUCAUCUUCCACGAAGAAUCGGCUACCGGAUGGAAGAGACGAUACGAGCAAGAACAACCGAAGCAGGAAAAGGUAAGUAGGAGAUACAUGAAGACGAAUCGUGGAAGAGUGUCAUCCUUUUCAUCUUCCUCGAGCUCAAGAGAAGACGCAGUCAUAGUACGAAGUCGGAGGAAUGCGGAGACAGAAGAUAGACCAAGAAUGCGGAUGCCGGCUUUUGCUUUUUCACCUUCUUCCUCUUCUUCGUCGCGAUCGUCCAAAUCAGAUUCUUCAUCAGAGGAUAAGUCGCAGCAGCAGAAGGAGGAGUCAUCGAAAGGAACUCCAGUGAGGCAGGGCGAAGUAAAUGAAGAAGAUGACGAGGUGAGCCACGUGACCAAAAGAAGAAGAAUUCACGAGGGCGAUGAGUAGCUGUCGACGAAACACAACUAAAUCAUUCACAAGGAACUGUAGCGGAAGGGAUUUUUUGAUUUGAGGGUAAGACAAUUACAACACGAAAGAAGGUUUCUAGUUCUCAAGUAACUAUUUAGAGAAAUAAGUUAGAACAAGUUUAGGACUCGAAAGAUAGGAACAACAUACUGAAAAGAUAAAUUUUGUAAGUUAGAAUGACUGGACCGUCUCCGUGAGAGUCUUGCUUUUCCAAACCAAGAACAACAAAAACAAAGAGACAGCUGUUAAAAGGAACGAAGGACCUGAAACACACGGAAAUGGAGUAUUGGUGUCUAUUGGAAAGUUGUGAAAGCAACGGGAUAGUUUCGGAAAUCUGCCAAAGCGACGAGAGGUAAGGACACCAAGACGGAAGAAAAUUACGUUUAAUUAUUUCGUUGCUUAAAACCGAGUUGUUGUCUCCUUAGUCUAACCUCUAGGUCCUAGCCACAAUGCUUGCUAAUUAAGCUAAAUAAGCCUCUUCAUAAAAAGUUUAAACAUCUCUUGUCUCACUUCCGAGUGGUUGACUCCUUCGUUUAACAGUUUGAGCCUAGUUAUAAUGCUUGCUAGAUGAACACAACAAAGAUAAUAAAAAGUAUUGGACAUUAAGAGUAAUCAUCCUCUUCACCAAAAAUAGCAUUUCCCUCUGUUUUUUCUCGAAGUGGAAGCACAAAAGGAACCAUGAUGGGAUUAGGGAAGUGCUUGGCGCGUUCCCUUAGCCUGCGCGGAGAAGCGGAGAUCUAUUGGGAUUCGCGCGCCGUCUCCAUACGUGUUGAGAAUGAAGUGGUGGAGAAAGUCUUCUGGAACGCGUUUGCAGUUGGAGAUGUAGUAGAGAAAAAGGUGGAGUCGAACGUGUCCUGGAUCAACAUCUAUGACACCAAGGAGCUGAAGGAGAAAAAGGUGAAAAAACUAGUAACGCAGAAAGGAAUCUUCUUGCGUUUUGAGGACAACUACUGGCCGCGCGAAAGGUUGGUUGAGACCUUUAAACUGCAGCACUGCGUUGAGGAAACUACGUUUGGACAGCUAAUUUGCACAGGCGAGGACGGAGAUAGUGGUCUACUACAGCUGUAUCGCGGUCUACUCAAGGAUAACAAGCCAGAAGAGACUCUAACAGCGUGGCUUAUUUGGGUAUGCGAGCUACGUUGGUCUUACGGACUGAAGAAUCUGGAAGAUGUAGCUCUAAAACAUGCUAAACAGUUGUAAAAAAGACAGUGAAAGUUGAUGAUGAGAUUGCAAGAUGUAAAGAACUAAGUCGGAAAAUGAAGCUUCUUCUUUAAAUCCAAAUCCCCAACAGGUAGGGACUGUUUCCCUGUUUACCCAGUACACCCUUCCCUUAUUUUGGAAACAUCCCCUUCCUUAGUUCUGUCCCUCUUUCCCCUCUUCCCUUUCCUCCGUCCCCUUUACGAGUACGAGCUGGAGAACGGGGAUCUUAAGGACGUAGAAGUAGAAUAUAAAUAAGAAGGUACAGAGGUAGGAGCAAGAAAAGAAGCAGGAGUAAGUGAAAGUGCGGAAAAAAUACACGAAAUAGGUAACUGAUAAAUAAAGCAAGCAAAUGAACUGGAACAUUAAAUUACCCAAAAUUCCCCCAGGUACUGUUGCGCCUGCCUCGUCUUCUCGUUGCCCAUCCCCUUUCCCGCCCGACCUCCUCCUGUGUUCCCCUCUCACUCCCGGUUUACGACGAUGCAGAAGAGUAAGUUAAGGAUUGAAAGGCAGGAAGGGAUAUAAGAUAAUGAGUAAAAGUAAGAAGUUGAAAGAAAAAGCGUGGUUCUCAAUGUAGUUCUGGUUUUUUUUUUCUAUUCCGAAUAACAAAAUGCUGGGGUCGUACGCGAAAGGAGGACGUCAAGACGCAUCGGCGCCGACUCCGAGUCAGAUGUGGCCAGAGAAAGGGAACUGGUGCCGAACACCAGCCAUGCCGACGAGUGGAAUUAGCGAAAGGGAGAGGAAAAGGACGACAAGGGCAGAAAAAGGCGAGCUAAAACUGCUAUCUCUAGCGGAGUCCGACCAGUGCGUAGUGCUAAUAUCGACGAAUGAAGAAGAGGAGAAGAAAAUGUGGUUGGGGCUAAUAGGCAGACAUCCAAGUUGGAGAUUCUGGAAGGACUCGAAAAGUACGGUGGUUCUCUAUUCUCGAUGGGAGAAACGGCAGAUUCAUGUGCAGAGACAAGCAGAACGAGUAGAGGGAAGAGUAAAAACAACAAUAACUACAACGAGGACUAAGAGAUGGGAACAAUCACUGCGGAAUCUGGUGGAGGGCGGAGCACUUCCUCUAACAUCUUCUUUCGCGGAAGACAAGGACUCAAGACACAGUAGGCUGAAAGAAAAAAGCGAAAUGCAUCAAGAUGACCCAGUGGAAUGGUCGAACAAUGAAGUAAUACGGGAGGAUCAGCUCAAAAAAGGGAGAGACGCAAAAGGGAAAGCGAAGGAAGACGACAACAAAAGGAGUAAAACUACGUUUCUAAGUUUAGUAGAAGAAGAAAGUGAAGCUAGUCGGGCUGGAAGAAACACUUUGGAAGAGUCAUUAGCUGAGUCUAGUCUAGGUCCUAAUCCUGAUGGAAUGAACAUGCUUAGAAGACCCUCAAAGAAAUAUUUUCACGACGAUGUAAUUCCGGGCGGCACUCCUCCGCGGCCGGCGAAGAAGUAUCGGAAGAAGGAGUCUUGUACCCCGGAUCGAGAUUUUUCGGAAAGGAGGAGUGAGGCGGAAGAAGUGACGAGAGCAAACAAAGGCCCACUAGCAGGAGACGACGACGCAGUGCUGCAGCAGCUGGGGGUAGCCAGACUCAUCUAAGAUGCUGAGAGGAGGUAAGAAGUUAGAGGAAAUGUUGCCGACGACUGAGUCGGAGGAGGAGAAUAAGACAACAUCUUCCCCGAAGAGGAGAAGAACAAGGAGUAGAAAAUGGGACUUUCUAGCAGAACUAUCUGAGGAAGAAGGAGACUUAGCGUCGUUAUCGGGACAUGGCGGGAGCGACGAUUUUUCUCUGCUAUCUUCUUCUUUUGAUGCUGAACUAGAUGAACAUGAGCUAAAGGAGGAACAACGACUAAUGGAUAAGUAUUGCAAGCCACAGAUAACAUCCGCGGUGAUUCCGCACCCGAAGAAGAUGGUAAGCGAAACGAAGCAAAGUCAAAAUAAGACACGGAUUCAAGUAGCAGGAUCAAGAAAAGGAAUAGCUGAGCUGGGAAACAAGGUGGAAGGCUCAGCCAUGACAGGUUGGCUGUCCUUCUCUACAUUUUGCUUUGUUCUUCUAAAGAUUAAAAUGAAAGGCGGAGGGUGGAGAAUAGAGUGUAGGUUGCGGGGGCGAAGAUUGAUUUCCUCGCAUGAACUUAGUCUAUUCUCCUCUGCUCGCGGCGUUUUCGUUUUAAUCUUCAGGUUCAAUUAUCAAUGGCAGGGAUAUUUUAAUCUUAAGUUGAUUUUCAUUUUCAGAAAAAGCAUCAAAGACAAAGCAGCUCUACUUAAGAAAGUCAUUGUCGAGUCUUCCUCAGUAGGGCUUCAUUUGUAAAUUCAGAAACUUAUUCUGUUUUUUCUUAAGCAAAGCAGACUGGGCAAUCGUCAGAAGAAGCCUUAUUGUCAUUUACACAUCAUUUCACACCUCUUACAGGUCCGAAGGGCCGCAAUAUUACGAAGAAUUUGACCUUUAUACAAAGCAAAAAAGGAGCGACUGGCGAACCGGAAGAGGCAGACGUGUCAUCGUCCUCAUCAUCCACGUCAACUGAGGAUGAAGAAGAUGCGGAGAGUGACGAGAGCUCGACAUCGUCUCUUUCUUCGGGCGAGUACGAGGCAGGGGAGAUGCCUAUACCUGAGAGUCGAGGCACCGUGCCCAGAAGUAGAACAACAUUGACGGACAUAAAAAUGAACGGGUCCAAGUUCAUUAUCACGCAGAUGCUAGGAGACGAAUACAAGAGGUUGAUGCUGGAAGAAAGAGGAGAAAAAGUAGAAGUACCUCCUAACAAGUACGUGCCUCGGAGAUACGAGUACAUGUUGCCCUCCACAAAGACGCUGAUGGUAAGCGAGCACUCCGUCUUAAUAGUAAGAAAGCCGAUUAAGCGAGGUGCAAAAGAGGAGCGGAGGACACCGUAUCGGGUAUACGUGGAGGAGGAUAAGUUUAAAACGUUAGUGGUGAAGUAUAACAGCGAGGUGAUGUCGGUGGAAAGAUUCAAAAGGGAAUCGGCUAGGAGGGCGAAAGCAAUAGCGGAAGGUAAGAGGCAAGGGAGGCGGCAAGGACAAAAGAGGAACGCAGAAGAAGAAACAGAGACGAGAAGCAAGCAAGGUAAGUGCAAUCAAGGGAGCGGGAGAGGUAGUAGCGCAACAUCAAAACGCAGCAGCGCCACUUUUUUGGUGCCGGAUAACUCGAUGUGGUUACCUAAGAAUACCCGCGGCGCUUGCGGUACUUCAGAUAAGAGUUUUUUUUCUUCCUCAUCUUCUAGCAAUGCACAAGCCAUUUUGCAACAAAGAGGAAAAGACUCUACUUCGUCGCGGUUGGAAAAAGCGAACAACACUUCUUCAUUGAAGUCAGGCAAUCCCAACGCUACAGACACGACAGAUCAGAAGGAUCAUGGGUCGACAUCUAGCACUAGAAGGACUAGUAGUCUGUUGCCUAGUAGUACUUCCUAUUCAUUGACAACGAGUAUGAAGGCCAAGCUUUCCUGGGUGGGUAGAGGUGACCCGAAAUCGACUAGUGCGGACGAAGGAGGGAAAAGUCUAAUUGUACCUACGCCGAUGCUGAAACAGAUGACGACUUCUUCUAAUCCAUCUGCUUCAUUGCCCUCUUCGUCUUCGCUGAAUAAACCGAGAUCUACGAAUAAAAUCAGAGGUCUCUUCUUACCAGAGCAAGAGGCUGAGAAGGGAGGUGGAAUGGACACCCAGAAACAGAAGAAGACGGAAGGAAAAGUAAGUCUACAUCCGUUUAAGUCGAAUUAUUUUACCUCCCAGGCAGCCACCGAGAAGAGGAGGGAAGGACAGCUGCGCAGGUAUGCUGCGGUAAAAAGGGCUGAGCAGCUGGCGAAGGAAGUAGUGUGCAAGCAGGGAAGUACCAUGAAGAUGAACCCACAAGCACUUCUAGCAGUAUUUUCAAUCAAACAACAGGAGAUGUUCAAGAAGAGGGCGAAGGCACGGGCAGACACAAUGCAAAAACAGGCGGAAGAAGCGAAACGCCGUGACGUUUCGUUGGUGGUAGGACCUUUUGGCUUGAUGAUGACAGGACAGCAGAAGGAGGAGAUCAAAAAACAGGCGGAGAUGACACGUCUGAUGAACGCAUCUGUACAACUCAUGAAUCAGAUAUAGGACAAGGAAACACUGCAAGAGAAGGGAAGGUAGAAUGCAAAAGCAUUUUGGUAUUUAUGUUUUUUAGAGAAGUUGGAAGUAAAAAUAAUUAAGAAGGUAAGGCGGAACGGAAGAAGAACAAGUUGAAGCAUGAAGAACAUGAAAAACAACGUUUUCGAGGCCAGUAAAAUAGAAAAAGUCGCUGGGUAAGUGCUGGAGUAGACACAGUUAAGUUGAAAAGAUGACGAGAGUAAGUAACGAAGGAAAGAAAAAGGACUAGAGGUGACAAAAGUAAAGCUAAAAGCUUAAGUAACUAAAACACUAAAAAUGAACCUUCAUUCACAUAAACAAGGAAAAGCACUUUCUGAGUUUUUUAGUCAGUUUUUUCUUGAGUUCCUUCUUCUCUUGGUGUAAAGAAGACAAAUUAGAGAAAGAAAAACAUAGUCAAAAAGCAGAGGAGAAGAAAAACGGUGGAAAGCGGGAAGACGGAGGCCAGAAGGCCUUUAGAAGAGGUGAAGAUGGAUAGAGACGGAGCGGAGAUCGAUCUCACGACGACACAGGAGGUAGAGGCGGCCGAGAAGAUACACGCUCUUCUACAAGGACACCUGGCGGAAUCGGCGAAGACGGUAUGCCGCAUAGUAGGGAUGUGGAGGACACAGAAACACGUGGAUCCCGAGGGAGCUCAAACCACGAUAGAGGAGCUGAAGCUACUAAGUGAUGCUGCAGAAAUAGUAGGUGCUCAGUCCUUCGUUCGAUCGAUGUUACGCGCAAGAAUCCGAGAAGGUAAGGUAGAUGUGCGUACUGCUCUUAAGAUCGUAGAACAAUGCAAGUUCACGAUGCGCUGGUGUUUUGCGGCAGUGAUGGCAGGAUGGGAGCUCCACCUAGAUGAAGGGUCGCGAAUAUCGACGCAGAUCAAGGCACUGACAGCGGAGAUAUUAGGUCAAGAAGAUGUAGAACCCAAAAUGCGAGGAAGGGCGCUGCCGCGACAGUGGUUAGUGCUGUUCAAGAAGGAGCGAAGGAUAAGGAGGGAACAAGCUGCAAGUCGAGCACUACCAUCGGAACCGCAAAUCAUAUCAGCGGUAACGGGAAUGAAAGUAACACCAGUAGAGACGAAGAGGCUGACGGGAGCUACCAUAAAACAACUACUGGAGCACGACAAGGUGAACAGCAGGAGAAUAACUCUAGUAGGCGCAUGGUCUUCUGUCAACAAGACAACUAAGUCUAGACUCUCCUAUUCCUUUUUUCAUCUUGAUAGGAAAAAGGUUACGGCGGCUGCAGCACUAAUAGUUCAUGCCAUCUGGGACAGACUAACAACUACUGCGUCCAUGAGUCUAGGACAUGUAGUAAAGACCAUAAAUGAGAAGACAGCGGUAAUAAUAGGGAUACGAGCGGAGGAAGUGCCAGGAAUGGCAGAGAGCAGAAGACUAGAGCUUUCUGUGACGGAAGUACCGCAUGCGGAGGAAGCUCAAGAAGUUGAUGUUGUACAGGCAUCGUCUUGGAGUGUUUCGUGGGUCGCGGACAUGUCUAAGGCCGGGAUAGCAAACUCUAGAGCCGUGGUGUUUGAGAUACUAGCUGCGACAGAAUGGGUUCACCUGCAACGAAUCAGACAAACAUGGUCGAAGGAGAUCAAAGAGCAAAACAAAAGUGAACCUCUGGAAAAGCAGAAGACGGCGAUGGCGUUCCGAAUGACGACUAGAGAAAGGCUCAUCCCUUCCUUACAAUCGAACAAGAACUAUCGAAUUUUUGCUGCUGACGAGAACUCUUUCCUAGUGGCAACACCAGGUAAGAAAAUUUGGAAAGUGUCGAGUUGUGAAGAAGUGCUUCUAAUGAUCAUGCAAGAAAGGCAGGUGGACUCUGAGGAGCUACUACUCGAACUUCGGAGAGCAAAAGAAAGAGGUAGUCAGAAAAUUAAGGAACUAACGGUAGACGAAGGUUUGCGAGCGGUAGCGGUUGAAGAUGUCAAGCCUAGUUUUGUGAUAGCGACCACCGUUUUCGCUGAAGCACCUCUGUCGCAGAUGGAGAAGGACGUGAUAGACGGGGAGCAACCACCGCCAGAAGAGGAGCUGGAGAAUUACAUCCCUAUUUUCGCAUCGCACAACAUCAACCGCAGAAGCGACUUAAUGUACUUGUUUCAGGUGAUAGCGGCAAACCCAACGAUCAAAGCGGUAGCAGUACAGGAGUCAAUCUUCUUACGUUUUGCACUGAAGAAGGGCUAUCUAGUGGACAAAAGAACAGGAACAAGAAUGUUAUGGAUAGCAGGGACAGACCCUUUGACGUUUUCGUCGUGCGCCGGAGUUGGUAUCCUCUUAGUAGUUCGAGGAGGUGAGACGAUACCUGAAGAAGGUGAGCGACACGCCUACGCUGCAAUAGUUACGACGCACGAAGAUUUUGCUACGAAGAAGAAAGAGGAAGUCGCGGAUGUCACGGACAUAAGCCAACUGCGGAAAAAAGAAUUGGCUAAAGCAGCAGAUCCGUCAAGAGCAAUGGCAUGGGUAGUGGCGGCCAGGAUAGGAAAAGUCAUGUUUUCCUCUUUCUACUUGAAGGAUUCGAAAGCAAAAGCGAGCGAAAUAAGCGAGGAAUGGAUCAAGAGCCAGAUGAUGCAGGUGGAAGUAGGACUCAGAAGAAUUGCCGAAGGAGCGAAAAUUCGACUAAUAGCAGGUGACGCGAACAUGGACACGACGUUGCCACUAAACCACGAAAAGAACCAGAACAGGUGGAAGAGUAACUGGGGUAGAAAGUUAGUGUAUUCGGAGAUGAUGAGAAUUUUUGACAAUUUAGGUACCACGGAUAAGGCAACGGGCGCCACGCACUGGAAAGGCAGCGACUGCAAAAAACUGGAUCAACUUCGAGCGAACACAGCUGCUAUCACAGUCGAGAAGUAUGCUUGUGACAAGAUCAAAAAUCCGGCCGUGCAGGGCGAGAAAUACAGGGUAACGAAAUACGACGCCACUGAAGAAGAGCGAAAGGAGAAGUUUGUUGAUCAUCUAAUUCUAGUGGCUGCUAUUCCGGAAGAGGAGUGGAGGGAAGCUGAGAUGGAGCUGCACUUUGAUCCUCGAGGUCUCAAAGAAGUCAAGCUUGGAAUGCGUAGUGCUGCAGCGAAGACAACACAGCCGGCAAUUCCUCCGAACAAGUUAGGUGCGUUAGGGUCGUGGAUACUAGGAAGAUUCUCGGAGGUGCAGUUCCCAGCCACAAAGGAUGACCGGAUCCGUGCUGCGCAAGCUGGUUUUCCGGUACCGAAGAUGAGAGAAGUCAAUCUUCCAGGACUAAAGCAACAAUUUGAACCACGUGUGAAGCACUAUCGAAAUGCUCACCCAUCAGCAGAGGCGGUUGCAGAGAGGCUGAAAGGUAAGGAAACUAAGUUUAAGGAUUCUUCGGGGAAAGUGAAGAGCAUGUUGCAAAUAUCGAAGCAAUUAGCUAGGGAGAUGACGGAAGGUGAUAAGCCACUGGAAAGGGACUGGUCGAAACUUGCUACAGAAGUGCAGGAGAACAACAGAGAGGCAGACAAAGGAGAUUUUUCGGCGUUGGAGCGGUUUUUUCAAGAGCACGAUCGCACGCAGAACACCAAAAGUCAUGAUGCCGCAAAUUUGUCUGAACAAGUGACGAAACUCAUCGAGGGAGCAGGAAGAGGAGCCCCGAUUGCUGGCCUGAAGCAGGUUACGGUGGAUGGUGUGUUAGUAACAGAAGAAGGAGAUGUGCUAGUUUCUACGGUGGGAUACCACUUGCUAAAGAGUGACUGGAUACUGGAUGCAGCAUGCUUUGGGUUGGCGACACGUUGGCGGAGAGAAAAGAUAACAGAAGUGUAUGAGCAGAUUAGAAAGGUAGCCGCGGAGUGCUCAACUUUUUCUAUCUCCCCCAAGCAAGUACACCGCGCAAGAAAAAGGCUGAACAAGAAUUUAGCUGCGCCGUCAGGACUUCGCGGCUCCAUCGUAAAAGACGCUCCGGAGUACAUGGACGAAAUUCUGGCUGAAAGUUUCAACAAGCUCAUGCAGGACGUUAGGAAAGCAGACUUUAAAGAAGCAACAGAAACACUAAUAGGCGAGUUAGAUCGGUUAUAUUUUGGUGCACUUUUACAUAAGAAAACAGUGGUGAGUACAGCAAACGACGUUCGCUUUACGGUACGACAAGAACCCCUGGCGAGGCUCUUUUUGUCUUGUAUUGACGCUACGUGGGCCGAGCUCCUGGAGAAAAGAGGAAAACCGGGCCGCACCACCAUAAAUGGCAGAGCUGAUGUUGGUCUUUACCCUGGUUCGAUUCUGCAUCGUCAUCGCAUAAUAGCCAGAAGCCCUAACACGUUUGCGAUACUUGUAUCGCAUGACGCGCGUCAGAUGUUCAAUUUACUGAACUUAUCAGUAAUGCUAACACAGUUAAGACACUACAAAGCAGCACCUGACAUACUUCUUGCCCAUCUUCUUUUUGGCGGGCUGAAAAACGUUGUGUUCACAGCAAACGGAGUCAGUUUUAAAGUGUUUCAUCACACACGUGCACUUCAAGGCCAGGUGGAUUCCAUGCUGUGCGGAAUAAUGGCUUUUACGCCAUACUUGCAGAUAAUCGCGGAACUAAUUGAUUCGGUGCAGUUGCCCAGUGGUGCUAUUACUACCAACGAGUUAGAGGCCAAGAUUAAAAAAGCGAUUGAUGCAGCGGAGAGGCAGGCUGAGAAGGAGUUCGCAUGGGACAAGAAGUACACGAAGGACGACGUCGAUGACGUCUUCACUUCAAAAGCGAAAGAAGUAAUUGAAGAAGAAGCUAGUGCUGAUAACAAGGCGAGAAGGAAUACUCCGAACAGAUCUGCACGCAUAUGCGUUGACGACACAAUGUUUCUUCUUCUAUUCAAAAAGGAGGACUUCUUAGAAGGACGAGUAACCGCUGUUUUACGAGCUGUGUCACGGAUUGUGGAAAAAAUGUUUGCAAGUUGUUGCAUAUUCUGCGCAACAGAGAAGGCUGAAGUAUCCAUCCACGAAGCAAGAGAAAGCGAGUGGAAGAUAACUUCUGACCAACUUCAAGAUGUGCUGGCUGCGUGUGCGGUUUUUGGGGUGGCGCCGAAGAUGAAAACGAGACUAGUCUUGUACGGCUAUCCUUAUCGAAAGGAUAUGGAUGUAGCACUUUUUGGCUUCGUAAAGUCGAAAAUUUACAACGUUGAACGCCUACUAACUCUUACGCACAACAACCAUCGGGGUGGGAUAAUAAUGAGCCAAGUCAUGUGUAUAGCGCGCUGGCUUUCACUCAGCAAAGUGCUACAUUUGUCGCCGGCAAUUGUCUACGAAUUACUGGGGCUUGACCAGAAGAUCGUCGAGGAGCAGAUGGCCAUUGCAGUUCUAAGAGGAAUAGGGGUAUCGGAUAGAGUUUUGAACGAGAUAAAACUAGUAACAAGCUGCUCAGCACACGACAUUUUGUUCUCUGACAUCUUCGGCUGGGUUCGUAUUGCGGUACAAGGUAAGAGGUCGCUCAGACGACAAUGCACAAGAUUCGCGGGUGCCACGGCUUCCAGAGAAGAAAUGCGAAUCGCAUUUAGCAAGGAGCUGUCGAGUGACGAACAAGAACUGAUGAGUGAAAACACAAUCACGAUCUUGCAGAACCGCAUGAAGGUCCUGAAGCAAGAAGACCAGGCUCCUCCUCUCACUAAGUCUACAUGCAUGGCCAAGUACCUAGAAGACAAAGCAAAAGUGCAGGAUUCAUGUCUACGGAAAGCGGCGGAAUUUGACAGCAGAUUUCAAGUGGGCAGCGUAGCGUGGCUCGAAAAGGAUGCUAACGUGGUUAUGCUAGCGGAGAUGGAUAAUUCUGGAAAGUGGUGCAUCGCUGCCAAGAUUGUUCUCGAUUUGCCUUUUCUACGCUCGUACAAAAAUCCCGUAUGGAUGCCAGACACCACAGAACAGGUACUUCUCUACUCUGCGGUUACUCACAUUCUUCAGAACGAGCCGUGCAUGAAAAACGCGAAGAAUAACGAAGCCCUAGCCGUAUUUGGGUGGAAGAAGAAGCUACACCGUAGAGCUACAGUGGUUAAACGACUGCACGCGGCGGCCCAGGAGAAGCACGUACUAUGUGUACAAAGUCGUCUGCCGUUGCUGUUCAAGGACCUCAAGAUCUCGGCAAAGACCCGCGUGGUAACGAUUACAGCUGAGGACGAGGUCUGGCUUUGGGAUGACGAGCCUCCGUCGACAACAAAAAAGGUAGACACUGAAUUCUUGUUGAAUUUGAAACGGAAAAUAGCUGAGGUAGGUGGAGUGAAGGUGACGAAGGCGACGGUGAGGUCCAUCUUUAUGGUCGCAGUGAACGAAGAACGAGUAGCACAAGGUGGAAAUCAAGUCGUAGAAGAACUUGACGAAGAUUCCUCGGCUGAUGAAGUAAGUGAAAACGAAGAUCAAGAUAAAGCUGAAGCAAAACUUGAUGAACAACUAACAGUUGAAGAACUGUCGCGCAACGGAAGUCCGGAACGUCUACUGCCAAGAGACUAAAGUAAGCACAACCCCUAUAAUUUUUGCAAUUUUGAAAAGAUAUAAAGGACAAGUAACUCGUUCGCUUGGCUCGUAAGUGAUCGAGGUCGUUGUAGCCGAAGUUCGUUGAAGUUGUUGUAACUGCUGUAAUGGUGGAUUUAGCAUUGAAAUAAAGUGGGAGCAUCGCUUCGGGUUCUGGUCGGGGUCGCCUUUUACUUGCUCUUUUAAUUUUUUCGGUUCACAAGUCGGUUGGGUGAGUUCAAGUGGAGUGGUGCGAAAGGUUAACUGGUAAGGGGUGCUGUUGGAGUAGAUACAAGUUGAGGCGCGAAGGAAAGGGCGACGCUAAGGACGGUUAAAGAGAGUGGAGAUAGCGUUUUUGAGAGGAAAGAGGGAGCGGGAGCGGGUUUUUAGUUAGUUGAAGGUGGUAAAGUAAAAGGUAGUUAAAUGAAGAGGAGGUGUUAUCGACAUAAGUAAAGUGGUGGGGGUCUUAAGUAGGUGAACAGACGAAAGGCACGAAGAAAAGAAGGGAAAGUUACAAGAUGAGUUGUUGACUUUUGCUCCUUCUGGGAACUUCCUCCCUCCUCGGAUCGCUGUUACGUGGGUGUGCUGGAGUCGCUGUUCAAUUAAAAGUUCUUGGUGCUGGUGUCGGUGGGCUUGAACUAAAUGCUGAAGGAGUUGUUCUUGUCUUGCCAUUAGUUUUUGUUUUGGCGGUUGAACGCGAACUGCAAAACCUCGUGAGUUCUUCGGCUAAUUCAUUUUCUAAUUGUUUGACUUUUAUGGUGGUGUGUUAAGCUAGGGGUUGCAAAAGAUGCAGCGCCACUCUGGUUAAGCUAACAGUACUGCGACCUGCUUUUCCUUCUUUUGAUUCCUGCCAAGCUCUUGAGUUUGGGUGGUUGAUGGAGAUUUCUUUUCCCAAGUUGGGCGAAUGUGGGGGUGUCGAUCUUGGUAUCGCCCGCCAUCUGGUCUCUAGGGUGGUCGAGAAUGACCAUAACAGGGGCACAUACAUACAUCUCCGGCGAGGCUACUUCCAGAAGAGACAGUCCUUUUUUUACCUUCUGGACGGUAUGAUGAAUUACAGUUUCAAAACUCAUAAGGAGUUGACCACACGAGGACCAGAUAAGAUGAACAAUGUAAAGAGGACCUUUUGUUUUCUCCUUGCUAUUAGUCUCUUGUACUCCUGCUGUACCUUCAUUCUGUACUGCUGUUUUCAACGUAUGGUUCUGUUAUUUUUGGUAUAGCCUGAAUUUGAUCAUAAGGGUUCUCUUCUCGUUUUCCCUUAUGAUCAAAUUCAGGCUUUACCAAAGACCGGGACCAUUCAUUCAAGCUAGUAGGCCACUGAAGAUGAAGAAGCCACAGCAGGCAGACGCGAU